AAAAAUCAGCUAAAAACGUUCCUCCCAAACCAAACCAAUCCUUCUGCUCUGUUGUGUGUGGAUAUCCUAUCCUUGAUUCGAGUUGGGAACCGUCGUCGAGGAGAGAGAGAGAGAGAGAGAGAAGAUGAGUGGAAGUAGGGCGAAGAAGGUAGUAGAUGUAGCAUUCAAGGCAGGGAAGAGCAUAGAUUGGGAUGGGAUGGCUAAGCUUCUCGUCUCCGACGAGGCUCGCAAGGAGUUCGUUAACCUCCGCCGUGCCUUCGACGAAGUUAACUCCACUCUCCAGACCAAGUUCAGUCAGGAACCAGAACCCAUUGACUGGGAACAUUAUAGGAAAGGAAUUGGAUCUCGCUUGGUUGACAUGUACAAGGAAGCAUAUGAGAGCAUUGAAAUCCCAAAGUAUGUAGACAAUGUUACUCCUCAAUACAAACCAAAGUUUGAAGCCCUGUUGGUGGAACUGAAAGAAGCAGAAAAGAAGUCUCUGAAGGAGUCUGAAAGGUUGGAGAAAGAAAUUGCAGAAGUCCAAGAGUUGAAGAAUAAGAUCAGUACCAUGACAGCAGAAGAAUAUUUCUCCAAGCAUCCAGAGGUAAAGAAGAAGUUUGAUGAUGAAAUCCGAAAUGAUUACUGGGGCUAUUGAUGUCAGCUGUGUGUAGCAGUUCAAAGCACCACUUUUACAGGUGAACUUUUUUCUUGUUCAUCUGUAUCUGUUUCGGUUUUUUAGAAUUUAAAAUAAAAAAAAAAAUUUAUAAAAAAAAAGGGAAAACCAAAUCGUUUUGCUUUAUGUUUCUUUUGUAGAGCUUGAACUACAAUGUAUUUCAUGUUGAGAUGUCUUCAUCCAGAGAGAUUAAAGAGUUGAUUUCUAUUUCAAAAACAAAAUGUGGAUUGCUUUAAAUCAUGGUUUGAGUUUGACA